AUGAAAAGUUCUCCACCCCUCGUCUAACUUGUUGUCCUCUUACAUGAAUCCAUUCAGAACCAAAAAGAAAGCAUGAUCGAUGGACGUGGGACAUGUGAAGACUGAUCCGCUGUGUGGACACUUAGGUAUGAAAGAUGUCUGAGGUCGUCUCCCGUGCCAGUAAGGGCCCUGUGGAAAUGGAGCUGCCUGGGCCACAGCACACACUGGCGAACGGGAAAUGGGAGAGUCCCGUCACACUUCUGGACCGGCUUUCCAUAACCAGACGUGUUUGGGAGCUCCUUGAUGAUCAACCAGGGGAAGCUACGGAGCUGCUCUCAGCACAACCACCUGGGACAUUCAUUGUCGCCAGAAACAGCGUGGCAGGUGCCAGGGUCCUCUUUCUUCAGACAGAGGGAAGCCAGAACGAUGCUGUCUGCCAGUUCCCCAUUCAGGAGGACCGUUCAGCUGUUUAUCUCGAGGGCUCCCAGCUGCACUUUAGAGACCUAUUGGAACUGCUCAGCUUCCACAUUGUGAGCAGGGAUAUCCUGCCCUGCCCGCUGAAGAUCCCAGAUGCCUUUCGACUCCGACGCAAGUCUGAACUGGAUGCAGUUGCUGCACUGGGCAUGAAGUUCUGGACGAUGUCUUUUAAAGCCGGCAAUGGGCCGGCAUCGGCCCAAGCAGAAGAAGGCCCCAUGGAGCUGAACGGAAACCCUCCCGAAUCCAGACAGACGGCCUGCUCCAUCCGAGUGACAUCCGAGGAAGGGGCGCUGUGCAUCAUCAACCCGCUGUUCCUCUCGGUGCACAGCGACGUUAGCUGGCUUGACCUUGCGGCGGGACCGUGCCGGAUGAGCAGCAGGAGGGGGACCCUACAGUCCUCAAACGGCUCAACAGAAGCAGCAUCCAGCAAGCAAGGAGCCCAGGAGUGUUCAGAUUAUCCGGGGUCUCUGGAGGAGGACGAGGAGGAGAAGAAGAUGGGCACCAGUGACCGUCCGCUGUGUUCGGCCUCUGUGCGGCGGAAACUCCUUCUCCGCAGCCUGGCCUGGAACAGUUCAGAACCUGCCUUGGAGGAGCCGCAUUCGUCCCCCGAUCUUCUCCAGAAGGAGAUCCGGUCCCCACACCGUGUUUCCUGGAUCGAAGGGGUCCCUGCAGAAUCCCCUCCUGGCUGGCCGCUGAAGAAGUCCAAUUCUGAAUCAUCGCUCCUGAGCGAGAGCAUGCUGCUGCCCCCCAUCCCCGAACUAGAUUCGCUGUCCAUCAGCAGCGUGGAGGACGAGGGCGACGGACUCCCUCUCACCGCCGCCACCUCGCAAAGGAGGCAGCGCCGCUCCUCUGCCAUGCUGACGUACAAGGUGUUCCAACGCCUCUCCGCCAUGGGCAGCGCCCUCAGCGGGUUCCUCUCUGCCGAGCGCCGGGUCUCCAAGCGGGUGCACGAACUGGCCCAGGACCCGUCGACCUAUGUAGGUGGGCUAGUGCAAAGCUUUGUGGGGCACAUCCUUCGGGGCGCCGGGACGCGCCACCCCACCAGCACCGACAUGCUGCAGGAAAUCCGGCAGAUGAUCAGCAACCUCAAGGGGUACCUGUGUGAGAGCUCGGAGCUGCGCACCAUCUGCGAACACAGCGAGGAGGAAGAGAUGGACCUGGGGUGUGUGGUGGAAGGUGCCCUGUACAAAUGCAUUCUGAAGCCGCUCCGGGACUCUAUCUACACCCAGCUGUUGGACUUCCGCACCCGCGACGGGACCCUGGGCAAGUUGCGCGAACAUCAAGUCACCAUGAGCCAGCAGAGCCUGUCCGAGCUGGGCGUGAGAGCCGGCGUGCCGGACGGGCCUGGCCUGGAGCGUGUCCAGGCCAAGCUGAGCCUCAUGCACCAGGCCUACUCGCCCAAGAAGAAGGAGACCCACCUGCUCAAGGUUUGCAAGAUGCUCUACGAAGCCAUGAACCAGAGUGCUGGCAGGACAGACCCGUUUGGUGCUGAUGACUUCCUGCCGGUUCUCAUCUACAUGCUGGUGAACUGCGAUGUUGUGUCGGUGCAGCUGGAUGUGGAAUACGUGAUGGAAUUGAUGGAUCCCAGCCAGCUGCAGGGAGAAGGUGGUUAUUACCUCACAACCUGGUUUGGGGCCCUCUACCACAUCGUGAACUUCCAGCCGGCUGCCAUGGUGACGCGGCAAAUCAGUAUUGAGGCCCAGCGCUCCAUCCACCAAUGGCAUCGCCGCCGUACUAUCCACCACCACCAUCACCACCAGGGUAACCGGCGUAAUUCACAGAACAUCCUCUAUGUCUCCUUCCUCGAACCUUUCAGCAACCAGAAAACCAUCUUCGUUCCCACGGACAUGACAACAGCAUCGGUGUGCGCAGUGUGCGCUGAGAAGUACAGCAUCUCCGACCAGGAGGCCUACGGCCUUUUCUUGGUGUCGGGUGACUCCUCCCAAAUCUUGGCUGGGGACAGCCACCCUCAGAAGCUCCGUUCGGAUAGCCUCCAAUCUCAAGGGGCCCCCGUGAGUUUCGUUUACAAGCCCAAAGAUGGAGUUCUGCCUGCCGCCAGCCCCCCUCCUCUUCUGAACCCCAACAGCAAGACUGAGACCCAAGAACCCCCGGGAAGUGAGCAUACGGGGAAAUUGGCGGCAGAUUGAAUACAGUCUCAGAACUUUCCAGAAACUUCUAUUCAUUGUCUUGAGGGUUGCUCGAGAUGGUGGGCUUCUGGUUUGGCAGAAAUUUUAGGAAAAAACCUUGAAGCUGAUUGGUGGGAGAUUCAGGCUAGAGAAAAGGAAGUCCUUCUUCACACAGCACAGAGUUAUACUAUUAAAUUUACCACCACAAGAGGUAAUGAUGGCCACCAACCUGGAUGGCUUUAAAAGGGAGUUAGACAGAUUCAUGGAGGCUGAGGCUAUCAGUGGCUACUAGCCCUGGUAGCUAUAUAUAAUACCUCCUGUAUCAGAGGCAGGAUGCCUAUGUACUCUAGUUGCUGGAGAGCAUGCGUUGGAGAGUGCGGUUGCACUGGUGUCCUACCUGUGGGCUUCCUAGAGGCAGCUGGUUGGCCUCUGUGUGAACAGAAUUGAGAAAUAGAUCGUAGGUCUUUUGUCUGAUUUAGCGAGACUCUUGUAUUCUUCUAUUAAGGUCUCAGUCCGCCGUGAAGGUAGCAGAAUGGUCCUCCGUCUCCUUCAUCUGAAAGCUGUAAGGGAGCAAGAAGUGUGCGACGUUUGGCCCACCUGGGUUUCCCCUCCCAAGAAUUCUCUCUGUCACUUAGACCAAAGCCAAGCAGCCCAGGUUGAGCGGAGUGCCCUUUUUUUUCUUUCUGAGGCUCACCAAUGUGGAAAUAAAGCUGCUUUCUAGGUUGAACAUUGGGAAGGAAGGAAGGAAGGAAGGAAGGAAGGAAGGAAGGAAGGAAGGAAGGAAGGAAGCCGUAGCUCAGUGCCAGAGCGGAUGCUUUGCAUUUAGAAGGCCCCAGGUCCCAAUCCUUGGAAUCUCCAGUUUAGGGGAUGCGAAAGCCCUACCUGUGCCUGGAUCCCUAGAGCUGCCAUCACUGGGCACUCAAAGAGUCUGACCUGGCUUGUAUAGGGCGGCUCUCUCUAUGAAUGAGUGCCUACUCAGGGUCUCUUAAGGGCUGAAUCCUAACUAAUUGAAGCCCUUGCUUCAGAACCUGUGAAUUGUCUUGCUAGAUCACAGCCAAGGUCCAUUUGAAUCCGGAAUUGCAUCUCCCACUGUGGUCAGCUGGACAUCUCUCAGAACAGGCCUGAUGUCGACCCAUGGCAUGAUCUGGCAAAGGUCAGGCCCCUGGUAGGGCCGGCUGAAACCCUUCAAGAACCCAAGGCUGGCAUUUGCCCCCUCUAUUCCAAGCUGUUUGGCCCUCCUUCUCUUCACACAUGAUCCUCCUCCCCUCUCUCUUACUCAGCUCCAUGGUUAUCCCUUGUGUCUGCGACCUUGCGGGACCAGUGCAGCGUCUCCUAUCUGUUGCAAUUUCAGCAUCUCUUGAGAACCUCCCUCUUCUUCUGAGCAAGUUUCUAGCCUUGAAAGGGUUCACAGCGAAGCCCGUCACCGCGUUUGAAAUUGCACAAACCCAGAAAACUGAAGUCCGGCUGCACCUGCCGUCACUCCCCCGGCCCUGCUCCUGCCGCUCAAUUGCA